AUGAGUAAUAGAUCGGGUGGAUCUUCAAAAAAUUUAUUUAAUGCUACUCGUUCAGCUCUUAUUCGUAAUGCUCGUGAAUUAAAUUUAUUUUCAAACAAUCCAUUUUGGUCAUCAACACUUAAUUCUGCAGAGCAAAUUCUUAGUACACGAUUAUUUCUUUUAUUUCUUUUUAUUUCUCUUUCAACCGUUAUUAUUUAUGCUAGUCUAAUUGUUCAACUACAUAGUGAAACUUUAGAACAAUUUACGCUUUCUGAUUUUGAAUCUUUACAAUCUCAUUAUCCAACUACAAUUAAUGUUCCAUGUACACAAGUUUCGAAUCCUUAUCAUAAAUUUAUCAAAUUAACACCAAUAUUUCAUAAAGUUUGUUCAAGUCCAUUUAUUAAAAAUCAAUGGAUAUCAUCUCUUUUUCUUUCAAAUGCAACAUCUCAUCAUAUUCUCGAUUUUCGUACAUUUACAUUUGCACAAUUUCAAGCAUUAGCUUUACUUUGUCAUACAGCAAAUCAAUCAAUAUAUGAUGCAUAUCGUGCAUUUAAUUCAACUAAUUUAGUUACAAAUUAUCUUUUUUCACGAGCUGAAUUUACUGAAAUAACUUCUGUUCUUAUUGAUAAUCUUCAAAAUAAUAUUUUAGCAAAUGAAAAUCGAACAGCAAGAAUUGUAUUAAUGAGUCUUGCACAAAAUCGAUUAAUCUCAGCAUUACGUACUAAUGUUUAUCUUAGAUCAGUCUAUGGUUCAAAGCUUUUUAUUGCAAAUCCUAGACUUUAUUUAGAAAAAAAUGGUACAUCAUGGUCGAAAUGUAUGUGUCCAUUAACAGGUGAUCAAUGUGUUCAUCCAGUUGGAGCUUUUUAUAGUUGGAGUGCACCUGAAUUUGGCGAACCACCUAAACCAGAUCCCCCACCACGCUUUCAAAUUCCAGGUCUAAUGACUGGUUGUUUACCUUUGGAAUCUAUUCGACAAUCGACACUUGAAUGUCUCUAUCAACAAUCAUGUAUAAAUAUUUUAUCAUCUCAAUCGAAUAUUUCACCUCCGAAAGCAUUGAAGAAAACUUUAUCAAGUUUUCCUUUAAAUACAACCAUUGGUGAUAUAUUUGAUAAAUCACUUUUUGUUGAAUACUGGUUCAAUAAAUCAAGUUUUGAAGAUUAUUUUACUGCUUGUGCACCCGGAUCACUUACUUAUAGUUAUGAAGGACAUUUUCGUCUUCUAGCAAUAUUCACUAUGUGUAUAAGUGCUUUUGGUGGUUUAGUUAUUGCUUGGGAUUUAAUUACACCAGCUAUUGUUAAAAUUUGGAGUUUUAUCAAAUGGAAAAAACAAAAUAAACAUUUACCGGAAUCUUCAGAUCAAACUACCAUGGAAAUGGUAGCAUUACAACCGAUAAAUGAAGCUGUAACUGCUCAUGUACAUCGAACUAUUUAUACAUUUAAUUUAUUUCCACCUGAUAAUGAAAAUGAUUUAGAAGAACAACAUGUUGGUAUUAUAGCAACUCGUCUAUAUAUUUUAUUUUUAUUUUUUGGUAUACUUGUCCUUGCUUUUUAUACAUCAUUAGCUGUACGUACACAAACAAUAACUAUUACAUCACCAUCUUUAGAACAAUUUGAAACAUUAGAAUCCCGUUAUUCAACUUUAGUUUGUUUAUGUUCACGUUUUUCGAUGUCAUAUAAUCGAAUAAUGUCUGUAUCACCUAGUUAUCAUCAAAUAUGUUCAAGUGAACUUCUUCAAGAAUCUUGGCUAUUAUAUUUUGAAUUGAAAGAAAUUCAAAUAAAUACAACACUCUUUCUUGUUACUGAUUUUCGAUAUGGUGGUCGAUCAUUUUUCGAUCUUACACGUGUUUUAUGUAAAACAGCACAAGAAACUGUAGAAAAUGCGAUUCACCUGUUUCGAUCACGUCGAUUAGUUACAAGUCAUACAUUAUCACGUAGAACAUUCGAUAGAAGGGCUCAAACACGAUUAAAUCAAUUUAAACAACAAACAAUAACAUCAUUUGUUAAUCUUCUUGAAUUAAUUCGUUCAUCAAUUCAAACUAAUCUUCUAGUUACAGAUUUAUUAACUACAACUGGUUUUUCAUAUUUAACUAAUAAGCAAACAUUAAAAGUAUCACCGAGAUUUUAUUCAAGAAAUCUUGGUUCCAAUUCUUGUUCUUGUGGUAUUUCUUCUCAAUGUACAAUUCCACAAGGAUUUUAUUUACAAACCGAUAAUUCAUCUACUAAACCUAACUUUACUAUACCAGGAUUAGUUCUUGGUUGUUAUACCAUUGAUUCUGUUCUUCAAUCAACUCUUGAAUGUUUUUUCGAACAAAAAUGUUUACAAUAUCUUAUUAACAUGCGUAGUUAUGAUGUAAUUGGUAUGUUUCAUCCAUUAGAUAAUCGUACUACUCAAGUACAACCACUUCGCAAAGAAACCAGUCGAUUUCUUUCUAAUACUACGUUAGAAUCGAUUGUUUUACAAUUAUUUGUAGAAGAUUGGGGAAUUUCAAAAGAUUUCAAAGCUUAUUAUGAACGAUGUGCUCCUAAAGAAUGUACAUAUACAGUAAUACGACGUUUUCAUACAGCAUUUAUGAUUGCAACGAUGCUUGGUUUCUAUAGUGGAUUAAGUGCUAUCUUAGAAAUUAUUUUACCGCCAUCGGUUAGAUUUAUUAAACAAAAAUGGAAAAAACAACAGAAGAAUACAAAUACUUCACAGACAACAGACAAUACUGAUCAACAAUCUUCUACUCAAAUAAAACAUUCAUAUUCAUUCAAAGAAUUAUAUAAAUCGAUUUAUUCAUGUAAUUUAUUUUCUACUGAAAUAUCUGACACUGAUGAAAAAAUGAAACGUCAAGAAGUUAUGGCUACUCGUAUUUAUCUUAUACUUCUUCUACUAUGUAUUAUUGCUGCUCUACUUUAUGCGGGUCCAUUUAGUGAAGAAACUACAACUACAGUAAUUAAAUUACCUACUGCUAAUGAUUUUAAUGAUCUUUAUUCGAAAAAUAUUUCGACUUUAACUUGUCCUUGUUCAACACCAGCUAUUCCUCAUUUUAAAUUCUUAUCUAUUAUACCAGAGUAUCAUUCCAUAUGUUCUAGUGACUAUAUUGAACCUUCUUAUUGGAUUGAUCUUUCAAAAAAAGGUGAUAAAGUAUCGACAUUAUUGAGUGCUCAUUAUCGUAUAUUAGCAUCACUCUGUCAAACAGCUAAUCGUACGAUUAAAAGUGCUCAAAAUAUAUUUAGUGCUCAAGAAUUAGUUACUGUAGAACCAAUGACAUAUACUUCAUUUAUGAUUCAAACUGAAGCUCUUAUAGCUACAUUUAUAUCACAAAUUCCAUCAGAUUAUCGUCGUACUUUAAAUUUUAUUAUUCGUUCAUUUGGAGUUAAUCAUUUAUUUAAUGUUUUUACAAGUAAUUGGAAACUUGAUUUUACUGAUGAAGAUCAACAACAUAUAAUUUCAACGUAUCCACGUCAAUUUAUUUCUUCGAAUUGUACUUGUGCUACUUCAUUUGAUUGUACUGAUCCAGUUACUGAGGACAUUGUUAAUGGUUGCUUUCCUUUUGAUGGAUUCCGUUUAUCAAAAUUUGAAAAUCUUUCCUUAGGUCAAUUAAAUGAUUAUCUUUUUGUAAUGACAUGGAAAAAUCAACGUAAUUAUACAGCUUAUUUUGAUACAUGUCAUCCAUUAGAAUGUCAAUAUAUAUUACCUGAUAAAAAUAAUCCAUCCGAUAUGUUCUUGACGCUAUUAGGAUUAUAUGGCGGUUUAAUAUGUAUACUUCGUUUGAUUGUUGGUGAAUCUUUACAUGUUCAUCGUUGGUGGUUAAAAAUUUCUCAACAGCCACAAAUAGAAUCGUCUGCGAUGGAUCCGGUGAUAUUAUAA